AUAUUUAUACAGUGUCAAGAAUGGUUGAUGUUUCCACAUAAGAGACACUCUCUUUUUCCACUCUCUCACGGGUCAGUCUGUGUAUGUUUCCCCGCCAGGGCAGAGCCUGAGUUUAGUGCCUUUGUUUACAAACUUCCCUCUCUCUAGAAAGGCCAUUUAGGCAACAGAGAAUCUGGAGAAUCAUCCUCCGUAACCGACAGAUGAAGUGAUCUCUCAAUUGUGGGUGGAUUUAAUCGAGUGACAUACUAAUUGAGGCAGUAAUAAAACAAAAAUGUGUUUAUUGAUGAAAUGUGUGAAUAAAUAAAUUCACAUUAUGAAUUAUUAAUUUACAUGUUGGUGCUACUUUACUCGAAAAAAAAUCACUUGUUAAUAUGUGAAAAGAUUGUCAGCUAUCUGUCUUCAUAGUCUUCUCAAUGAUGGAUGUAUAGUUUGUAAGGGAGACCUUUUUGAAAAAAUAUAUAUAUGAAAUAGUAAAUAAAUAAAUAUGAUGAAAGAUUAAUAAUGCUUGAAAAUGAACCCAAAAAGAUAUAGGUGUCAGUGAGUGAAAAGUGAAAAGAGAAAAAGAGUAAAUAUAAAUAAAAAAAGAGAACAUUUUUUUAGUGGUGCUUGUGCGAUAAAUAAAACAGAAUUGUGCAAAUUAUGGAUAAAAAUUAAUAGUUAUUGCUGUAGUAAAAGAAACCAGUAAAAUAAAUUACUAAACAAAAUGGAUCGUUCGAUGUACGGAAAAAUUGAUCCUGGGGCACGUCAACCAUAUCGGUGUACAGUCAGAGAAGGAGGCAUUCUUCCUGGAUACGCUCUACUCGCCGAUCUCCAAAAUUCUGUGCCACCAGGAGGAGCGUCCCAGCAUCACUACAAUGCCAAUUCAUCUGGAGGAUAUGGGAGUUUGCGCUCAAAACAGUCACCACAGUCGCCAACUUACCAUGGCCAGAGUCAGCACUCAUCUCCAGGCGUCAAUGGAGCUGUUCGUGGAUCAGGAUCUCUGCCACGAAAUGUUGGUUCCAAUACGGGAAAUCUCUCGGAAUUAGAUUCUCUGCUUGAGGAUCUCAGUUCCCAGCGAUAUGGUCGGAGUCUCGAUCGUAAGGGAGAGAAUGGCUACUCGGUUAGGUAUGCCAAUGAUUCCACAGUUAGACCUUCUGUGGAUAGUUUGUUGGAUGAACUUAGCAGUGCAAAUACUACUGGACCAACUUAUGCUGUGCCCAAUGGAACAUCUACUCCGGAGCCUGGAUCAAAGCCCGGAAAGCAUGUCACAAUAACUGUACGCGAGACCAAAACGGAACGUAUGAGGUCUCAGUCUCCUCCAGGAGGUCAUGAAGUUAUGGAGUCUGUGACAAAAGAGGAAAAAUCUUAUACAAGCUCCACUCCAUCGUUUCAUGCAUCGUCAGCUACGAAAGAAUUGGACGAUCUUAUGGCCUCGCUGUCUGAUUUCAAGGUGAACUCCAACAAUCAUCGUCAUCAGACGGUUACGGACUACGCCAAGCCAAACAAGGGUGUGUCGCAUAUUCAGCAGUACUCACAAGUGACGACAACCACAACAACAACAACCAAUCAACCCCGUGAUCAGUUGGAUUCUAUGCUUGGAAAUUUGCAGGCCAAUAUGAAUCGUCAGGGUGUUACAACGACACAGAAGGGAUGCUGCUCGGGUUGCGAUAAACCCAUUGUGGGGCAGGUGAUUACGGCAUUGGGCAAGACAUGGCAUCCGGAACAUUUUACGUGCAAUCACUGCAAUCAGGAAUUGGGUACGAGGAAUUUCUUUGAGAGAGAUGGACAUCCCUAUUGUGAACCGGACUAUCACAAUCUCUUCAGUCCACGCUGUGCUUACUGCAAUGGAGCUAUUCUCGAUAAAUGUGUGACGGCUCUGGAGAAAACUUGGCAUACAGAACAUUUCUUCUGUGCUCAGUGUGGUCAACAAUUUGGCGAAGAGGGCUUCCAUGAGCGUGAUGGUAAACCCUAUUGCCGAAGUGACUACUUUGACAUGUUUGCACCAAAAUGCAGCGGAUGCAAUCGAGCUAUUAUGGAAAAUUACAUCUCAGCUCUCAAUGCUCAAUGGCAUCCAUCUUGCUUCGUCUGCCGUGACUGCCGACAACCUUUCCAGGGUGGCUCCUUCUUCGAUCACGAGGGUUUGCCAUACUGUGAGACUCAUUAUCAUGCUAAGCGUGGUUCUCUUUGUGCUGGAUGUUCAAAGCCUAUCACUGGACGCUGUAUCACGGCUAUGUUCAGGAAAUUCCAUCCAGAACAUUUUGUUUGUGCAUUUUGCCUGAAGCAACUCAACAAGGGCACCUUCAAGGAACAGAAUGACAAGCCCUAUUGCCAUCCGUGCUUCGACAAAUUAUUUGGCUAAGAUCCCAAAUAAUCUCAAUCUACGUCCCCAUCCACCCCCCUCCCACUUCCCAGUUGACGGAGAAUUUUCAAAUGGAGCAUCGCAGGUAAAAGAUGAUUGAUUAAUUCUUCGCAUGAGUCACAAAAGGUAGAACUCCGUAAAAUAAACAGACCAUAAUUCACCCACUUUCAUCCCCCCUCAACUCCCUUAAAAGAUAACAAAAGAAACAAGACAAAGUCUCCACGAACAAUUUAAUCAAUUAAAUGGAUACAAAGUAGAUUUUUUAAUGAAUGAUGAAAACACGCGUAGAAGUUUUUUCUAAUAUAAUUCCUCAUACGGUGAAAAAAAUAAUAAUAACUCAGAAUAAUCCUCAAAGAUUAACAUAUUAAUUUGCUUUAUAAUCUUCUAUCAGAGGUAUAUCAGUUAAGAAAAAAAAGCAAAAACAAAGUGUAGAAGAUAUUAAAAAUGAGUUUGCAGUAAUGAAAAAAAAAUCAGUAAGUCUUCUAUUUAUCUAAUAAAAGAAAAUUAUUUGUGCCAAUUCUAACUUACACCGUAAUCCUUUGAUUCUGUCAUCUCAUGAAUGAUUUUUUUUAAAAAUAAUUUUUAUUGAUAUAUUUGUUAAUUAUUGUAUAUUUUUAUUUUAUAUAUUAUGCGACAGAGAAUGGAUAAGAAUGUAGUUAGAAUAUAUCCUCGUAACACAUUUAACUCGUUAUUUGAAAGUAAUAGAAAAGAAAUUAUAAUCAAUAAAUUAUGCCUCAAUGACACUAAAA